UUAAAAUACUUUAAGAUGCUCCAUUCUAAACAUGUUUUCUGCUCAGUUUGGAACCAUGCCACACAGAAUGAUCCAAACAGCAGACCCUGUAAGUACCUCCACGAACCCUGUGAAUCGGCUGGGCAUUACACACGUUUGCUCGAGCUUUAUCUUGUCGCAUUUGUUUCUCAGACGCAGUUUCUGCACUCUCACUCGUUCACGAGGACCUCCCUGACCGAAGAACCGCUGACCGAGCCGGCUGAAGCCGAGCAACGCACUUCGAGACAGACGGCAGACCCUACGCAGUUGCUGCACUCUCACUCGUUCACGAGGACCUCCCUGACCGAAGAACCGCUGACCGAGCCGGCUGAAGCCGAGCAACGCACUUCGAGACAGACGGCAGACCCUACGCAGUUGCUGCACUCUCACUCGUUCACGAGGACCUCCCUGACCGAAGAACCGCUGACCGAGCCGGCUGAAGCCGAGCAACGCACGCCGAGACAGACGGCAGACCCUACGCAGUUGCUGCACUCUCACUCGUUCACGAGGACCUCCCUGACCGAAGAACCGCUGACCGAGCCGGCUGAAGCCGAGCAACGCACUCCGAGACAGACGGCAGACCCUACGCAGUUGCUGCACUCUCACUCGUUCACGAGGACCUCCCUGACCGAAGAACCGCUGACCGAGCCGGCUGAAGCCGAGCAACGCACGCCGAGACAGACGGCAGACCCUACGCAGUUGCUGCACUCUCACUCGUUCACGAGGACCUCCCUGACCGAAGAACCGCUGACCGAGCCGGCUGAAGCCGAGCAACGCACUCCGAGACAGACGGCAGACCCUACGCAGUUGCUGCACUCUCACUCGUUCACGAGGACCUCCCUGACCGAAGAAGCGCUGACCGAGCCGGCUGAAGCCGAGCAACGCACUCCGAGACAGACGGCAGACCCUACGCAGUUGCUGCACUCUCACUCGUUCACGAGGACCUCCCUGACUGAAGAAACGCUGACCGAGCCGGCUGAAGCCGAGCAACGCAGGCCGAGACAGACGGCAGACCCUACGCAGUUGCUGCACUCUCACUCGUUCACGAGGACCUCCCUGACCGAAGAACCGCUGACCGAGCCGGCUGAAGCCGAGCAACGCACUCCGAGACAGACGGCAGACCCUACGCAGUUGCUGCACUCUCACUCGUUCACGAGGACCUCCCUGACUGAAGAAACGCUGACCGAGCCGGCUGAAGCCGAGCAACGCAGGCCGAGACAGACGGCAGACCCUACGCAGUUGCUGCACUCUCACUCGUUCACGAGGACCUCCCUGACCGAAGAACUGCUGACCGAGCCGGCUGAAGCCGAGCAACGCACUCCGAGACAGACGGCAGACCCUACGCAGUUGCUGCACUCUCACUCGUUCACGAGGACCUCCCUGACUGAAGAAACGCUGACCGAGCCGGCUGAAGCCGAGCAACGCAGGCCGAGACAGACGGCAGACCCUACGCAGUUGCUGCACUCUCACUCGUUCACGAGGACCUCCCUGACCGAAGAACUGCUGACCGAGCCGGCUGAAGCCGAGCAACGCAGGCCGAGACAGACGGCAGACCCUGUGUCGCAGAGGGACCAGUCGACGCAGUGGGAAAUGGACCCAUAUGAUGACCAUACAUACUGCCAACUUCCGAGGAUUGGACUGCGGCGCCUUUCAAUGUCGGAGAAGUUAAAGGGCGACGACAUUCAGUUUUACACUGGUAUCUCCAGCGACGUUUUCAGACAGCUGGCAAGUGCAGUGUCAGCACUGGGACCUGUCAGCAGCAAACUUUCCACCGCUGAACAGCUCCUCAUGUGCCUCAUGAGGCUACGUCUAGGUCUGCUGUAUGGUCACUUGGCUAGAAUUUUUGAAGUGUCCGUAAGCACAGUCGGAAAUAUAGUGAAAACCAUGAUGGUGCUUCUGAAGAAGGUGAUGAAGCUGGUGGUUGUCUGGCUGUCGAGACCCCAGAUUCAAAACAGCUUGCCACAGUCGUUCAUUGAGAAUGGCUUUGGUAAAACAACGUGCAUUGUUGACUGCACGGAAGUGUUUCUUCAAAGGCCCACAAAACUGAUGGCGAGGGCACAGACAUACAGCGCGUACAAAGGACACAACACGAUCAAAUUUCUCACUGUCAUUGCCCCAAAUGGUCUUCUAAUGUUCGUCUCGAAGGCUUAUGGCGGGCGUGCCUCCGAUAAAUUUAUCACGGCUGACUCGGGCGUCCAGGACUACUUUUUUCCUGGCGACGAGAUCAUGGCCGACAGAGGCUUCUCUCUGGACCGUGAUCUGGAGGUCCUUGGUGUGAAGCUGAAUGUUCCUGCCUUUACUAAAGGUAUUUCUCACAAGACAGCUCGUCAAAUGUUGAAGAGCUUAAUCUAAUUUUUUGUUUUUUGA